ACAUGAUAGUUGUCAAGUGGAUUUCAUUUUGUCUCUUGCCAAAAAUGAAACGUGAGGUAAUCAUACUAACAUUUAUGUUUGUGAUCAUCGAUUCUCAAAAAAAUGAACCUACAGUACAAACUUCUUCUGGAUGGAUAAGAGGAUACUACAAAAAAUCAUAUCAAGGUAGACUCUAUGAAGCUUAUGAAGGAAUUCCUUAUGCUCAUCCACCAGUAGGAAAAUUAAGAUUUCAGGCACCAAAAAAAAUUUCACCAUGGACAGAAGAACUGAUAGCAACAAAGACUCGUAAAGAAUGUAUUCAAUAUAGUCAUAUACCAGAAAAUAAAAAUGAAAGGGUUGUGGGGGAUGAAGAUUGUUUGUAUUUGAAUAUUUAUGUACCAACUCAAGAGAGAAAUAUUUCAUCACUGCCAGUUAUAUUUUGGAUUCAUGGGGGUUGUUUCCAAUAUGGCGCAGGUUCAAUUUUUGGAGCAAAAUAUUUAAUAGAUUACAAUGUUAUUUUGAUAACAGUCAAUUACCGCUUAGGAGCUUUUGGAUUUUUAAGUACUGAAAAUGGCAUUGUUUCUGGCAACAUGGGACUGAAAGAUCAAAGUUUAGCUUUGCAAUGGACUUAUGAUAACAUUGGAAAUUUUGGAGGAAAUAAUACAAAAAUUACUCUUGCUGGACUGAGUGCUGGAGGUGCCAGUGUUCAUUAUCAUUAUUUAUCUCCUAUGAGUGCUGGCCUAUUUCAAAAUGGAAUAUCAUUUAGUGGAACAGCAUUGCUUUGUUGGGUCCAAACAGAAAAACCAUUGCAGAAAGCAAAAAAAUUAGGAGCUUUGAUGGGCUGUCAAACUAAUAAUACUGAAGAAAUGAUAGAAUGCCUUAGGCAUUGUCCAUCAAAAUCAAUUGCUCAAGCUACAUCCCAUUUCAUGCCUUGGUUAUACAAUCCUGUUACACCAUUUGGUCCAGUUGUGGAAAAAACUGAGGAUAAUUUUUUUAUAAAUAAGAGCCCAGCAGAUUUAAUUGCAAGUGGGCAAAUUCAAGAUGUUCCAUGGAUUACUGGGGUUGUAAGUGAAGAAGGAUUGUAUCCUGCAGCUGAUUUUGUUGCUGAUGAAUUUCUAUUAAAGAACUUGGACGAUAAUUGGGAGAAAAUUGCACCAUUCUUGUUAGAUUAUAAUUUUACCAUUUCUCCAGAAAAUCAUAGUAGAGUGGCAAAAAAAAUAAAACAACAUUAUUUAGGAUCUGAACCUAUUGAUAAAAAAACAGUCAAGUCAUUGAUUCAAUUAGUGGGUGAUAGAUUAUUUGUCAUUGAUGCUGAAAAAGCUGCUAGAAUGCAAGCAAAAUCUAAUAAAAGUCCAGUAUGGUUUUAUUACUAUCGUUAUAGAGCAGCACAAAGUUUGAGUGACACUAUGAGUGGAACAACUAGAAAUUUUGGUGUCUCUCAUGGCGAUGAUGCUUACUUAGUAAUCGAACAAUCAUAUAUUGAUCCUACAAUCAAACCAAGUGACAGAGAGAUGCAAAAAGAUUUGAUUAACCUAUGGCUUUCAGUUACUAAAAAUGGGAUUCCAGAUGUAGGGGUUGAUUGGCCCCAAGUUGAUCAAACCAAUAAAGCAUUUAAUUAUUUACAAAUAUCUGGACCAGGGCAGUUUGAAAUUGUAAAUAAUAGUAACUUGGGAGAAAAAAUAUUUUGGAAUUCAAUAAAUUUUAAUGAAAACAAAAUUGGAAUUAAAUCGCAAUACGUUAAAGAAGAACUCUAAAAUCUAUUUUCUUUUAUAAUAAAAUGAAUAAUUAUUUAAAAGCGUUGAACAGGGUUGAAAUAGAAUUAUCAA